CAGCUCAUGCUUAGUUACAUAACAUAAUUUCAACUUUAAAUAAAUAAAUAUUUUUUUAAAAAAAAUGUCCCUUUUAUAAAGCAAUUUUGCCACCUAUUUUUUUGGUCUUCCAAAAAAAUAAAAAAUGGUAUCCACGUCAUCCGGACCGAAGAAUAACCUGGAACGAAGGCAACUUCAGCGAACAAAUGGGUGGGACGCACGAUUGGAGGAAAUGGAUGGGACACGUGAACUUACUCAGUUUACUUAAGGUACGUCAAGGGGUAAGUCGUAUCUGCGGUCUCGAUCUCCCUCGUCGCACCUGCGCUCAUGGCGGUCGGCGAGGCGGAGCAAGGCCUAGCCUACUGGCUGCGGUGGCAAGUGGCUGUAUGCCUCGUGGUUCUGGCCGUCCCUGCCGCCGUGUCGGUGUCCGUGAUCUCGUCGGGCAGGGCUGACCCCCUCAGAUCCUCCGAUCUCUGGCUCUCGUGCUGGAAGAAGGCCAGCCGCUUUUGGCUUCUAGGAUUUCGAGUUGUUUCUCUAUCGAUCUUGUGCUUUUUGUUGUGGCAGGUGCUUCUCCUUGACGGCGUCUUCGCCUUCUAUUUCUAUACUCAGUGGACAUUUUUGUUAGUGAUCAUCUAUUUCCUGAUUGCUAGUGUGAUAUCUGCUUAUGGUUGUUGGAUGUAUGGAAAGCGUGCCACUGAAAAUGACGAGGCAAAUGCAUUCCUUAAAGAAGAUGUUGUAGUAGAUAUACCUGUAACUUUGAAUGCAACAAAUAGAAACAAAAAUGCUAGCAAAUCACGUAGCAACUAUGAGCAUGGUUAUUAUCAACAAAAAGCUGGAUUUUGGGGUUACCUUAUGCUAAUUGCUUAUCAGACUAGUGCAGGUGCUGUUGUGUUGACAGACAUUGUGUUUUGGGGCCUUCUAGUACCAUUUCUCACUGAUGAACAUUUCAAACUAGAUUUGCUUAUGGGGUGCAUGCAUACACUAAACUUUAUCUUUCUUCUCCUUGAUACUACUCUAAACAGUCUUCCUUUUCCAUGGUUUCGAAUGGCAUAUUUUGUCCUUUGGAGUUGUAUCUAUGUAAUCUUCCAGUGGAUUCUGCACGCUUGUGGAUUUUCAUGGUGGCCCUACCCUUUUCUUGAGCUCUCAACUUCAUGGGCUCCUCUUUGGUAUUUAUGCUUGGGACUUCUCCACAUCCCUUGUUACGGUAUAUACGCAUUAAUUGUGAGUGCGAAAAACUCACUAUUUUCAAGAAUUUUUCACCAUGCAUAUAGAAGAUCUUGAGAUUUAGAAUUAUAAGAACGCAACAUGUUGGAAUUAAUGACGAUUAUGUUAGUGUUUAAUUCUACAUGAGUUUGUUCCAAUUGAUAUUUCUAUGUUGAACUUUAGCUUGUAUCUCUUUCAAGUCUCAUGUAAUCAAAUGAAGUAAACUGAUGUUGAUCCCUAAA